AGUAGAGCUAAAGCGUACAGGCAAUAUCUUUGAAUGUGUAGGGAUUCUCCAUGUUUUCGGUACCGGUUUUGUCUUUUAGCUGCCGACAGCAACGCAGCUCGUGACUUAAGUUACAGACAAAUACAGAUGAUUUGGACAAGGCAGAUGUUUCAACACCCGUUUUGGAUGUGUGAAUCUGGUACCAGCUGGCGGUAUGGCGGCCGUGGACCGUGCACGUGCACCCCAGCACCAAGGCUCUAAUACUAGGUCUAUCCCCACGGCCAGAAGCCUGUGCUGCCAUACUCUUAGGAUGUGAGGGAAGACAGCUUAUAUUUAGCCUUCCCCGCAGGGCGUCGUGAUUUGAAUUAAUGAUGGCCAAUAUCAGAGCGCCAGUGCAUCUCGUCAAAGCGGCGGCCACAACCACGUCCACGGGAUCCCGUUGUCUUUCACGGAAAAAACACCGAUCAACGAUAAAUGUUCGCCACCCCCACUAAUAUGCAGCAGCAAGGGGCCCAGCAAGUCAUUGGUCUUAACCAUCGUCCAUGCAACGCCCCUUGGAGCUUGCUGGAUAUACGAGAACGGUGACUGCUCUUGCCCGGCAAGCAAGACACUGUUUGGAUGGAAGGCAAUGCGCGAAAGCGCGAAGGACUCCACCAGCCGCGCCUUCAUUUUGACCGUCGUACCAGUUCGCCAUGGUCGCUCUGAUGCAGGCGAGCAUCCACAAACAGCACAUGUUGGAACAGAAUUCUAAACGAAACGACCCUGGGUGUUUGACUUUUCUGUGCAGUUCUACCAGAUUUCCGUCUUCUGAUCUUUCUAAUUGGAGUGCUCUCCGUUGUGAAAACGAGCGACGCUGUGAUAAAGGCUUCCAGCGAUUUUUUCAGUCGAGUUUUACGAAGGAAAACAUUUAACAUAAAUCGAUUGCCAAGACGCCACCAUCAGUUGUGGUUCUCUUUAAACAAACAUGACAGCGUCAAGGGUCUUUCUACAGUAAUUGAAGAAUGUGGCAUAGGACAGCGAAGGAGGGUGUUUACUUGGCAAGGAGCGACCAUUGACCAUCCGGAAGGGUACGGAUUUUACUUACAAGCUCAACCGCUGUAAUCGCUAGCCGGUUUGGAGAAGAUCCAAGGUGGAAGAUCAGGAGUAUUCUUGCGUGUGUCGUUAGAGUCCCAGCUCAAUGGAGACGUCGGAAAAGGUUCAGGAUGGACAAAAGUUAGAAAUGGCACCAGGGAAAGAGAGUGCCCCCAAACCUCGCUUCCUGGGGAUCUCCAGAACUUCUCGGGACUCCAAAUGUUCACAGCAGGACCGAUUCAGAGACCCUGUUUGGAGUGUCCCGUCGAUAACACGACGCUUGCAGACUAAGCAGUGCAAGGCGAUUAUCCUCUGCAUCGUCAUGGGGCUCGUGCUGCUCCUUGCCCUGGUAUUCAUCCUUGUCACCGUUACAGCCAAUCAAGUGCCAUUGGCAGAUCACGAGGGCAGCAUUCAAGCGGGACCAGCCCAAACAGAAUAUGAAGAACUGAGCGGGGAUCCGUCGGAGUUUACCUGUCCGAGGGGAGAGUUCCAAUGUGGAAACAUGACCCGGUGCGUCGCCCAGAAAUUCCAGUGCAACGGUGAGGACGAUUGCGGCAACAAUGCAGACGAGACAGAGUGCGAACAUGACGAGGGCUGGAUUAAAAACUUCGACAAACAAGUCCCUGUAUCGGUCCAACCAGAACGGCGGAUUAGCCAGGAGUGCGGUCUGUACGGUUUCCCCGAAGUCUGCAAGUGUUACGAGACCACCAACUUGAGAUGUCUCCAAGGCAAUUUGACUGAGGUGCCGCAGGAUGUCUCCAACAAUUUAACACAUCUAAAUUUGAACGGCAACAUGUUGAAAAACUUGGAAGAUGGUGCCUUCGGAAGAUACACAAAAUUGAGAUACCUCAAUCUGAUGGGUAACGGGAUCCGAGAGCUGCCACGAGACGUGUUCCGAGGACUGAUGGAUCUUGACAAACUAUUCCUAUCUUCGAACAAGAUUUCGUCAUUAAAGCCUGGGACAUUUCGAUUUCUGCGGAACCUCACCUGGCUGUUCUUAAAUGAUAACGAAAUUGAGGUUCUGGAUGAAGAGGUGUUCCAGGGACUGGAGACGGUAUACUGGCUAAUGUUACAAGAGAACAGAAUCAGGAAUCUCAAACGUGGAAUUUCAUUCAGGGAUCUCCCCGCACUAAUGUGGCUGGAUAUCUCAGAUAGUCCUCUGAAUCACCUGUCGCCUGAUAACUUCUCUCUGUCUGGUAAUCCUCCCCUGAGUAUCCUGACGAUGAACAACUGUAAUAUCAGCACUAUUCACGGGGACACCCUGCAACAGUUUAGAGAUCUAUCAACACUACAUCUCUCUGAAAACAAGAUUCAGCACUUCCCUUCAGGUCUGUUUCGAAAUAUGAUCAACCUAACGGACUUGGCAAUUGCGAAUAAUCUAGCGACGUCCCUGCCCGAGGAUCUCUUUGAUGACUUGGUUAGCCUGGAUGUCUUAAAUUUAGGCGGCCUCGUCAUUAAAAAUAUCAGUACAAGGAUGUUCAAAGGACUGACGAAUUUGCAGCACAUAGAGUUCUCCAAGUUUGCGUACUGCCGCUAUGCAGCCCACGUACGCACUUGCAAGCCCAAGUCGGACGGUAUCUCCUCCUUCCGGAAUCUACUGAAGGACGGCAUCUUGCGAGUUUCCGUGUGGACCAUCGCCCUCUUGUGUUUUGUCGGCAACGUUGGGGUCCUCGUCAGCCGUUGCCUAAUGAAGGCUGAGAAUCGUAUCCACUCGCUGGUCGUCAUGAACCUCUGCACCGCGGAUUUCUGCAUGUCCAUCUAUCUGUUCAUCAUCGGCUACCACGAUGCUAAAUUCCGGAACCAGUUCAACACCUUCGCCCUGGAGUGGAUGCAGAGCUCCACCUGCAAGUUCGCCGGCUUCCUGGCCAUGUUUUCCAGCGAGGUCUCAGUCUUCAUGCUCACUUUCAUCUCGCUGGAACGCUUCAUCUGCAUUGUCUAUCCCUAUCGGCUGCACAGGCUGACCUCGAGAGAAGCUAUCGUGAUCAUGACCAUCAUCUGGUUCUUGGGAGCCUUGGUGGCCUGGGUGCCGCUGGUCAACGUGGGUUAUUUCGUCGACUUCUACGGCAGCAACGGCGUUUGUUUCCCACUUCACAUCCACGACCCCUGGCUGCAGGGCUGGGAGUAUUCGGCCUUCAUAUUUCUAGGGCUGAAUGCCAGCUGUUUCACUGCCAUUGCUAUCUCCUACACUGCCAUGUUCAUCAGCAUACAGCAGACGCGAAAGGCGACCACUCACAUCGGCAGGCGAGGCGACAUGAAUUACGCCAAGCGGUUUUUCUUCGUUGUUCUAACAGACGCCCUCUGUUGGCUGCCAAUCGCCAUCCUCAAAAUACUUUCGCUGUGCAGCUAUCAAAUUCCGGCGACCUUGUACGGCUGGAUCGUCAUCUUUGUUCUGCCCAUAAACAGCGCCCUCAACCCCAUCCUCUACACCCUCAGCACCACGUCAUUCAGCCAGUGGUUCCACAAACACAUUAAGCGACGGAAGGGCAAGUCUAGCAACGGUAGCGUCGGCUCCAAGAAUGAAUUUUCGUGCUCAAGAGGAAGGAUCGGUUCUGCCACGGACGAACCCACCGAGUACUCAUCGGUUCCCAAGCGGUCUUACGACAGCGAUUCCUCCCCCGUGGCCGAGGAGAAGCAGUGCAGUACGGUCUGAAAUCCAUCCGGAUCGCAGGGCCGGAGCAGGCCAGCGAAAACCUGGACACCCGGAGUAAGUUGGAACGGCUUUGCUCGCUGUGCUAGGCAGACUGCAUUGCAUAUAGAGACCUUUUGUACAGCACGACUUCGUUGUAACCCUUUGCUCAAAUGCACAUUCCUCAUCAUCAUCCGCCAAGUGGCUUUAUCAGUGACACUUCGGUUCCAAAAGGUCUUUCAAGUUGCAGAAAAAAAAGCACCAAACGGGUGUGGAGUGGACCAAACGAUAGUAUUUGACAAUUCGAGACAGUGACUUUUAGCCUGCCAUCUGAGCGGUAACAGAUUUGAUUAUUGCCUAGUAUAAAAAGUUGUGUUUUCAAUCUUGUCAUUUAUAAAUCGAGUCAAACGUAGAACAGAGGGAGCCCUUCAAGAAGUGCAUGCCUCCUAAAGUGAGAAGCAUAUUUUUCCCCAUAGAUAAUUCUUGACCCAAGUACUACCCAGUAGUACUCAAAAUAGUAUACUCAGAAAGCAGACGGGUUUUUGCUUUUUUGUCAACGGAACUGCACGUGUUAUAGAAAGUCCACAGCUUGAAAAUUUGUCAAAACAUGCAUAGCGCCCCUCCCCAUUUCAUUUGUCCUAGUCUCUACUUUCUACUGUCUCAUAGAUACACGUUUAUGAAUUGGAAUCUUUGGGGAUAGUAUUACGAAUUGUAUAUCUGCAAGUGGCCAGUCGUAAGUUGGUAUAUUGCCUUAUUUAUGAUCUUACUAUGUAAUGCUGUGUAUUAGGCCUAUAUCGUCUUCGUGUCAUGCCACGAGGUUAGUCUUAAACAUGGGCGGAGAUUUCUUGUUACGUGGGGGGAUGAUUUCUGAAAGCUCAGCACGGCCUCCAUCCUUGGUGAGAUCGUGACGCCGGCAAGUGUGUAGUCGAUGGUACAGGCUAAGGGUGCGCAAAGUCAGUGACUUGAAACGUGGGGAUGAUUAUAUGGGCUAUCCCGCCACCCCCCGCCCCAUCUCCGCCCAUGGACUCAAAGUACGAUUUGUGCAUGCCUGGCUGACUUUCUUAUCUAGCUGAGCGGUCUGAAACCUAGCCAACAUUGAUGUACUCCAUUGUGCAAUUGUUGCCAGGUGUGUAGGUGUCCAUGGUGUUUAGUACACCCUCAGAGGCAAAUGAAUUUGCUUUUUUGCUGCGAUUUGUUUUACCGCGGUAUAUUUAUGAAAGCAAAGGAAGUGGGAUACAUUUUACUGUUUGGCAAUGCAUUUCAUUUAACUUGAAAAUUGUCUUCAAAAAGAGGUUUUUAAGUCAUCGACUCACAAAUCCGGAGUUCCCAUUAAUCAGGUGAUGGAAGGUCAGCUGAGGCAUUUUACGCGGACAAGUUUGCCAAUUUCUGCCCAUUUUUAAUCAGGCCAAAUGUUGACCAAGCUAACACAAUACUCAGAUUAUGUCAGUGACAACCGAUUUGAGCCAAAAUUGCACAAACUUAGUGCUUGAUGUGCUAUUUAAGAACGAUUGUUCAUGGGGUUAGCUGACAUAAUACUCUCUAUAAAGGAGAAAAUCAUCAACUUGAAGUUCUCAGUUUAAGACCUGUUUGAACGAUUAAGGCCAAUGUCAGACACUUUGAAAUUUUCAUUUGUAUUUAGUAUUGGUAGUUGUUGAUGUACAUGCUUGCCCCGUUAGAACAAUUUUUCGGGUAGGCAACGUGUAGCUGGCAACGUCACAAAAUUAAAUAUGCAUCAUGUCUGGUACCGCAGGCUGCCGAUUUUGUAUGUACUUGUCAAUUUGAUUCAAUAAUUUUGUUGAGGCUUAAAUUUGUACGUUUUUACUUUGAUGGUUUAGAUUUGAUACUUGCUAAACUGGUACCGUAUCUAAUAGACUCAUUCAUGCUAUAAAUGGUUAAAUAUAUGGUUAACAUGCACACACUGCAUAAUUUAUGUCACAUUUCUGAAAUUUUAUUCUCUAUUUACAAGCUAAACUACUAUUCUCUUUUAUUUAAUGACCGUUGACAGGUAUACAAAGUUACGGUCACGACUUAAUAUUGUGUCCACUAUACCUUUGCAGUAUUAAAAGUCUUUCCGUCAAGAAAAGGAUGAACUUCAAGGAUGCUUGAAUUUAUUUUUGACAGUUACACAGCUAUUUGUACGAAAGAUUAAUAUGCACUCCUUUCAGGCAUCGUAUAUGAGACAUUGAAUGUAAAUCACAAAAUCUGAAUGUCGUUUAUAAAUCUGUCACUAUAGUACUGUUGCACACCUGAUACUGUGUCAUCGACUGUAUUCUUGUUUUUAAUAAAUCAAAUGUGUACGCCAGUA